AUGGAAUGUUUAUCUGGGAUUUUACACAAGAUUAGAAAGUCUUUGAUCUGUUCUGCAGUCGAUAGAUUUGAACAAUGCAAUAAACUCAGUUCUCACACACAGCGCAUUAGUAAUAAUGUCAAUUCUUUGUUAGACAAAAAUCGAGACACGACUCAGAGAUAUCUCUUCGUGUUUGUAAUGCGAGAGCUGAUCGUCUUGCCGAUCGCUAAAGUUUCGAUAAGAAUGAAAAUGGAGUUUAAUGUGCAUCAUUUUAUGACUCAACGUUUUGUUCUCAUUCUCAUUGAACUCCGAACAUUUUCAAUUCAAAGUUUACUUUCUUUUCUGUUUGGUUUUUCCUUCAUUCAUCAAAUGAAACAAUGGAAACUUCACAGCAUGGAAUCAACAUUUCAUGCUGACCAAUAUCGCACAAUAGUUGUCUCAACUAGAGGCGCUUCCAAUCUUGUUUGCUUCUCAUUCUUAUGUAACAAGGCAUCAGAAGGUAUCAGAGGUGGAAGUCAUAAAUUAAAAAAAACUUAG